GUGGCCGACGGUGUGCGGCGAACAUGGCGGAGCGCGUGAAGAAGCGGCCCUGCGGCCCGGGUGAACAUGGCCAAAGGGUCGAGUGGCGAAAAUGGAAGCAGCAGAAGAAAGAGGAGAAAAAGAAGUGGAAGGAUCUCAAGCUGAUGAAAAAACUGGAGCGGCAGCGGGCACAGGAAGAACAGGCAAAGCUCCAACAGGAAGAGGCAACUGCACAGAGGGAGGACCAGGGUCGGCCCUACACCCUGAGUGUGGCCCUGCCAGGCUCCAUCCUGGACAAUGCCCAGUCACCGGAGCUCCGCACCUACCUGGCCGGCCAGAUUGCCAGAGCCUGCACCAUCUUCUGUGUGGAUGAGAUUGUGGUGUUCGACGAAGAAGGCCAAGAUGCCAAGACCGUGGAGGGAGAAUUCAGGGGAGUCGGCAAGAAGGGGCAGGCAUGCGUGCAGCUGGCCCGGAUCCUGCAGUACCUGGAGUGUCCACAGUACCUAAGAAAGGCGUUCUUCCCCAAGCAUCAGGAUCUCCAGUUUGCAGGGCUUCUGAACCCCUUGGACAGCCCUCACCACAUGCGUCAGGAUGAGGAGUCCGAGUUCAGAGAAGGCAUCGUGGUGGACCGGCCCACCCGGCCAGGCCACGGGUCCUUUGUCAACUGUGGCAUGAAGAAGGAGGUGAAGAUUGACAAGAACUUGGAGCCUGGACUUCGUGUGACAGUACAGCUGAACCAGAAGCAGCUCCCAGAAAGCAAGACCUACCGCGGAAAAGUCGUGUCAUCGCAGGACCCUCGCACCAAAGCCGGUCUCUACUGGGGCUACACAGUCCGGCUGGCCUCCUGCCUCAGUGCUGUGUUUGCUGAGGCCCCCUUCCAGGACGGGUAUGACCUGACCAUUGGGACAUCAGAGAGAGGCUCCAAUGUGACCUCCGCCCAGCUGCCCAGCUUCAGGCAUGCUCUCGUGGUGUUCGGGGGCCUCCAGGGGCUGGAAGCUGGGGUGGAUGCUGACCCCAACCUAGAGGUGGCUGAACCCAGUGUCCUGUUCGAUCUGUACGUCAACACCUGCCCUAGCCAGGGCAGCCGCACCAUCCGCACCGAGGAGGCCAUCCUCAUCUCCCUGGCCGCCCUGCAGCCUGGCCUCACCCAGGCGGGUGCCCGGCCCAGCUGAAGGUUCCGGCAGGCCGAAGACCACGAAGCAGCAGCAGGGAAGCCAGAGGCUCCUGAGGGGCCCCGGGACAGACACAGCCAGGACUUUUGUCUCCAAAGAUCACCACCUUUAAUGCGACCCAGCCCCCACAGUCCGGCAGGGUACGGCCUUCACUUGCAGCCUGCAGUGAUGGCCUUGAGGCUGCCUGCCCGCGCCAGAAUAUUUGGCACAAAGAGCAGCCCCGAGGCCCGCUCGAUGCUCUCGAUGGGCACCAGGAAGCGCUCCAGCGGGACUGCCUCGUCCACAGGAGCGUUGGGCAUCACAUAGGAGCGGAGUUCGAUUUGCCCGCCUGCUGCCUCCAGGAUUAGCACCUUGAAGAAGUGGGUGGGCACCGCCACGUGGUUCUUGCCGAUGACCUGGUACUUCACAUAGGACUUGCCGUCAGCCUCCGUCCUGUGGGCAGACCC